UCCAAAACACUUCCGUUUCUCGGAGGAACAAGAUCUCAAGUUAAUGUCCAACCAAAACAAACACUGGUCUAGUCACAUGACUUAUCCCUCUGUCUCGUGCUUAUCCUAAAAGUGUCUAGAACUUCUUAUCUAGUCUACGCCAUGUCCCUCACCACCAUACAGAGUUCUAACAACUCUUUACAGAAACAGCCGCGCCACUUCUCAAACGUGGUGAAGGGCUCGUUGCGCAGAGCUACCAUUGAUUCAUCUACACACAUUGCUGUGAAACCGUGUACAGUGCUGAUGCCACUAGACGCCAGCUCCAUCAGCAGCUACUGCAUCCAUUACUACAUCGAGUACAUCCACAAGCCAGAGAACACGGUCCAUGUGUGUUUUGUCGCCAACGACUUUCUCCGAAAAAAAAAGUCGUCAACGGAAGAAGAUGUCAAUUCUAAGAUUCGCAAGCGUUCCCUGGGCUCGUUCCUCAAGAAGAAGUUUCAGACCGUUGACCUGGGCCCCAGUCCUGGAGUCCUGGCUGAGAUGGAGCAGAAGGACAGGGCACAGUGCCAGAUGAUCAAUGCCAAGGUCAAAGACUUGUUCACUACCAAUGGUGUCAAAUUUGAGUUCCAUCGUCUGACUGGGGAGGAUCCUUGGUCAAUAAUACUCAACUUUAGAGAUGAGAUCGAAGCAUCUCUGAUUGUGAUCGGGUCCAGAGGGCAAGGUGCAUUGAGGCGAAGCAUAUUUGGCAGUGUCAGUGACAAGGUCUUGAAGAACUCCAAAGUCCCUGUCCUGGUGGUGAAAGAGAACCUUCCUCACAGUAGCUUCGUCGUCGUCAGGGGCAUCCCCGAGAGUCUUAUAAAUUAAUUCCAGACACGGUGUUGUUGUUUUGUGUGUUUGUGUCUGUUUGUGUUUGUGGUUCUGAAAAAAGUAUGUGUGUGUGUGUGAGAGAGAGAGAGAGAGUGCGUGUGUGUGUGUGUGACUUAAUGCGUGUGACGAUUCCGAAGAUUGAGGAUGAGUGUUGUAUUUCACCUAACCACUCAAACCCACCUGCGACCUGAAUAAUUUGCCAUACCUAAUGCUAACGAAGCCGUUGUCCGCCGGGAGUCUAAGUUUACAUUUCGUCCUCUGCGCCUGUCUUCGGCUAGUCUUUGGGUCUCAAACGUGUUCCCACGACCUUCGUGAGAACUCUCCAACUGUCACUUCCAGAGGCCAUCUUCUGCCAGCUGCUUUCCUCUGUGUUUAUAGGGAGCAAAAAAAAAAAAAACGCCUGAUUUUUAUCUUUUAUCGCUGUUAUGUACUACUCCUUUUUAAGCUCGGCAAUAUAGACCAUCUCUUGCGUGCGGUUGUCCCCCUUACGGAAUAGGUGUCAUACCGAGAAAAUCGUUUCGGUCCAACUGUCGAAUGCCGCCAAGUGGUGCUUCGACACUGACCACAACGGCGUCCUGCUGAACAAGGUAGUCACGUGUGUGAAUUGUGAAUGACCGUAUAGGUGACUUUGUAACUCUGUGUGUGUGUAUGUGACUGAGUGAGUAACUGUAUCAUUGUGACUGUGUGUGUAAUUAUGUGUGUAUGGCUGUGUGAGUAUGUGUGUGUGUACAUGGCAGAACUUUGAUGUGAGCACUGACCAUUACACAAGAAUGUCUAUUUAUACUUUUUAAAUAUUUUUUUUUUAGAAAAUUGUCGUUGUUACUAUUAAAUAAUUAGACAACAA